AUGGGUGUUGGGAACCUCACAUCUGUCACGGAGUUCAUCUUGGAGGGCCUGACUAUCCAUCGUAAGACACAGAUUCUUCUCUUUGUGAUAAUCCUCAUAGUUUACGUCCUUACACUUAUGGGAAACCUGAUAAUUAUUAUGUUGGUGCAGGCCGAUUCCAGCCUCCAGACUCCCAUGUACUUCUUCCUCACAAAUCUCUCGAGCCUUGAGAUCUGCUAUGUCGCCAUCAUGCAACCUCAGAUACUGGCUCACCUCAUAUCUGGAAAUGGAAUCAUCUCCUACACCCGCUGUGUGGUCCAGAUAUUUGUUGUAUUGACUUUGGGCACAGUGGAAUGCUUUCUGUUGGGCAUUAUGGCCUAUGACCGGUACUUGGCCAUCUUCCAUCCCCUGAUGUAUGCCAUCAACAUGAGUAGGUUGCGUCAGUUGCAGCUUGCCUCCACUUGCUGGGCAAUAGGUCUCCUUUUUGGCAUGAUAUAUGUGUGCUGCACCUUUCGUCAUUUCUAUUGUGGCCCCAACCACAUCAAUCACUUCAUGUGUGAGAUGCCAGUGGUGUUAAAACUUGCCUGUGAUGACACGCACAUCACCGAAGCUAUCGUUUUUGUAAUGGCAGCCCUCGUUCUCCUGGUUCCUGUUUUUGUUAUCCUAACUUCCUAUGGCCUCAUUCUGUACUCUGUGUUACAAAUCAAGUCUGCUGCUGGACGUCGCAAAGCCUUCUCCACAUGCGCUGCCCACCUGGUGGUUGUUACUGUGUUCUAUGGAACUGUCAUUUCUAUGUACAUGAUUCCUCGUUCAAGUGCAUCUUCCAAUCGUGACAAGAAAAUUGCUGUUUUUUAUGUGGUGGUAGCCCCUCUGCUCAACCCAGUCAUUUACACCCUGAGGAACAAGGAUGUCCAUAGGGCAGCAGCAAAAGUCCUGCGACGACAAGGAGUUAAGCACGAUAGUUGA